AUAUUUUAUGACCUUAUAAAUAUAGAGAUGAAUUGUAGAAAUAUAUUCAAACAAAACAAUCUCUAAAAGAGUGGUAAUAAGCAAAAGAAAAUCAUAUAACAAAUUGAAUCAUGGGGUGCAAGAAGAUGAUUUUGUUGGCAUUGUUGUUAGCUACCUUGAUCACAAAGGAGGUAUUGGCAACACAACAUAAUGUUGGUGGAAGUCAAGGUUGGGAUCCAUCCUCAGACUUUGAUUCAUGGAGUUCAGGUCAAACAUUCAAAGUUGGAGAUCAACUUGUUUUCAAGUACACAUCUAUGCAUAGUGUGGUUGAACUAAGUGAUGAAAGUGCCUACAAAAAAUGUGAUAUUAGCACCCCACUAAAUUCCUUAAGCACUGGAAAAGAUGUUGUGAAAUUGGACAAGCCAGGUACAAGGUACUUCACAUGUGGUACCUUAGGUCAUUGUGAUCAAGGUAUGAAAGUAAAGAUCACAGUAGGGAAUGGAAAUGGAUCUUCUUCCACUGCAUCAUCACCGUCGUCGUCGUCGUCAUCACCAUCGUCGUCGUCAUCAUCUACUUCUCCUCCAUCUACUACAUCUUCAGCCUCACAAUACUUUGCUUCCCUUAUGCUCAUUGUCACACUAUCUUUUGCAACAAUAUUUUCUUUAUUUUAAUUGAUUAUAUGAAGUUUGGUUUGUAAGUGUAAUAAGCAUAUACAUAUACAUAUACAGACACUAGAGGGGUACGGUGGCAUGGAAAUUUGAAUUUACCUCUUCAUAUUCUGCAAAUUUGUAGUAGAGUUGAAUAAGAGACAGAAGAUACAUACUUUAUAUAAGUUGUUUUGUUUGUUUCCAUAUAUUGUAAGUGAAUGUGUAUUUCAACAUUAUGUUAUGUCCGAAA